AACGGCUCGUGCUUUCUUGGAAAGGGAGGAUCAAAAGUAUAUUAUCCUGGACACGAAAGGCAACCUGUUGGCCUUUUCCCUCUCGUUUUGCGCAUCGACGUUAUCUAUAGCGAACCCUCUCUUUCCUUUCAUCCCACUCGCACGAAAACUGUUGACAUUAGAUCCUCUUAUCUCACCUCACAUACACGCGCAAAUGUCAUACGGCCCUCCGCAGGGUCAACCUCCGUACGGAGGUUAUCCUCCUCAGGGGCAGGGCCAUGGCUACCCUCCCCAAGGACCCCCACAGCACGGCGGAUAUCCCCCUCCGCAGGGAGGAUAUCAACAGGGAGGCUAUGGCGCACCUCCUCCUCAACAGUUUGGCGGCCCGCAACAAGGUGGUUGGGGGCCUCCUCCAGGAGGCCCUUUCCCAGGACAAUAUGGCGGACCUCCGCCGCCGCAGGGCGGCUAUGGCUCUCCUGCCCCCGGCGGCUUUCCUCCACAGCAACACCAGCAAUAUGGUCCCCCUCCCGCGCAACCCUCACCCGGCUACGUCCUUGGCGCUCAGGCGCAAGGUGACGCAUCACGCGACGCAGAAGCACUGCGCGGCGCAAUGAAAGGUUUCGGCACCGAUGAGCGCACCUUGAUUCAAGUCCUCUCGAAACCAGACCCCUUGCAGAUGGCCCUGCUGAGAAAUACCUACAACCAGCGCUUCCACCGCGAUUUGGAGAAAGAUAUCAAGUCGGAAACGUCCAAAUAUUUCCGCGACGGGCUGGUCGCGCUUGUCCAGGGUCCGCUUAUGCACGAUGUGACCAGUGUCCAUGGCGCGAUCAAAGGGCUAGGGACGAAGGAGUCAGUUUUGAAUGAUGUCCUGUUGGGCCGUUCGAAUGCCGACAUGCGCGCGAUCAAGCAGGCGUACCAGCAGACUUAUAAACAUACCCUCGAAGCAGAUGUGAAGGGGGAUCUCUCACUCAAGACGGAAAGGUUGUUCGACUUGGUCAUGUCGGCUACGCGAAACGAGGAGUCCACGCCCAUUAUCCCCGCGGAGCUCGAGCGUGAUUGCUCGGAGCUGCACCGCGCCAUGGAUGGGCGCGUCGGCACCGAUCAGCUCACCGUAUGUACCAUUCUGAGCAGGCGGUCUGAUGGCCAGAUCCGCGCCAUUGCACACCAUUGGCACCAGAUGUACCGCUCGUCCCUCGAAAAGGUGAUCGAAUCCGAAUUCUCAGGACAUAUGAAGGAUGCGCUGCUGCUGAUGGUGCGGAGGGCGUGUGAUCGCGCAAUGUCCGAUGCCACGCAACUGGAAGAUGCGAUGGCAGGGCCGGGCACGAAGGAUGUUCUGCUUGUCCAACGGGUCAUCAGGGUGCACUGGGACAGAAUGCAUUUGGAUCAGGUCAAGCGCGCCUAUGCGCACCGGUACAAGAGAGAUCUGAUCCAGAGGGUUAAGGGUGAAAUUCAUUUUGACAAGUAUUAUGAGGGGUUGCUGGUCGCCUGCUUGUCUUGAUGGACUGACACUUGGCGAUGUCUCCUUUGCCUCUGUUUCAACUGUUGGUUUAUACAGGUUCGGGAGGCUACCUGAGGUUCAGUUUGGGUGGCUAUGAUCAGAUUCUUUACGUUGCUCGCAGCCACGGUUUGGGGUGGUUUUGUAUUGCUAUACGUUAGUUGUCUCGCCGGAAGGUCCAGUUGGACGAUUCUAUCGAUAUCUUUCACAUCAUAACUGACGUCCCUUGCUUCCGCUGGCCGCACCCUCGUAUUCAAGUUGGC